GGGGCUUUAGGACCUAGCGGGGCACCGCUACUGAGAGCUUCCAGAGCACAUCAUAAUGGCUAUAUGUGAACUGUAUAUGCCUGUGUUUAUCUGAUUGCAACUGGCGACACGUCCAAAGUCGAACGUCUUUCACAAUUGUGUCGCGAUUGCUUCAGUGGUGAUAUUGUGACGGUGGCUCGUUUCAUUCCUGUCAAUGGAGCACAUCCGACUUCCUAAGGUGGAGAAGGUCAGGCUGCUAGACAGAGUGUUCACCAAAAAGAGCAGGGUGGGCACCCUCUACCUGACGGCCACCCACACCAUCUUUGUGGAGAGGGAAGGGCGAAUGUGCAAUGAAACCUGGGUGCUUCAUAGUUUGGUUUUCAGAGUAGAGAAACAAGCGACCACACCGUCUGGAUGCCCUCUGCUUAUACACUGCAAAAACUUCCAGGUUCUUCAUUUUGUCAUACCCGAAGAGCGAGAGUGCCAUGAUGUACACGUGUCACUGCAGCGUCUCUCCCAACCAGAGCGUUAUGAUGAGCUGUAUUGCUUUUCAUAUAAACCAAAUGUUGAUGAGAAGGAGAGACGACAGGAGUGGGACUUUUUGGACCUCCGAGCUGAGUACAGCAGAAUGGGAAUCCCAAACUCCCUUUGGAAACUCUCCUUGGUAAACCGGCACUACAAGGUGAGUGACACUUACCCUGCUGAACUCUUCGUACCCGUGUCAACAACUCCGUCAGUCAUUGCAGCAAGCUCCAAGUUCAGAAGCAGAGGAAGAUUUCCUACUCUUUCAUACUAUUACAAAGAAAAUCAUCUUCCUCUCGCCUCCUCCCAGGCCACCAUCUGCCGGAGCAGCCAACCUCUUUCAGGCUUCAAUGCGCGUUCCUUCGAGGAUGAGCAGAUGCUGGAGGCCAUACUGAGGUCCAAUCCCUGCAGCGACUUCAUGUAUGUGGUGGAUACCAGGCCCAAGUUAAAUGCGAUGGCAAAUCGAGCAGCGGGAAAAGGCUAUGAAAAUGAGGACAACUACUCCCACAUUAAAUUCCAGUUCGUCGCCAUUGAGAACAUCCAUGUGAUGAGGAACAGCCAACAAAAAAUGCUAGAAGUGUGUGAGCUGCGUUCCCCUUCUAUGUGCAACUUCCUGGAGGGCCUGGAGAGCUCAGGCUGGCUGAAGCACAUCAAAGCUGUUUUGGAUGCAGGCAUCUUCAUCGCCAAGGCCGUCGCAGAAGAGGGUGCCAGUGUUCUGGUUCACUGUUCAGAUGGUUGGGACCGUACUGCUCAAGUGUGCUCUGUGGCCAGCGUGCUGUUGGAUCCAUACUACCGCACCAUCAAAGGACUCAUGGUCCUCAUCGAGAAAGACUGGGUGUCAUUCGGUCACAAGUUUUCUCACAGAUGCAACCACUUAUUCGGAGACCCGAAAGAAGUGUCUCCUGUUAUUGAUCAGUUCUUGGAGUGCGUGUGGCAAGUCAUGGAGCAGUUUCCCUGCGCCUUCGAGUUCAAUGAGCGGUUUCUAAUCACCAUUCACAGCCACAUCUACUCCUGCCAGUAUGGCAACUUUAUUGGCAACAACCAGAGGGAAAGGAUAGAACUCCGACUUUGUGAGAGGACUCACUCGUUGUGGCAUCAUCUGUGGUCAAACCGGGCAGACUACACCAACCUCUUGUACAGACCUGACUACCAGACAAAGGGAGUCCUUCAGCCAUCUACCGCCCCCUGUUGGUUCAAAUUUUGGAGGGGGUUGUACAACCGAUUUGACCGAGGGAUGCAUCCUCGUCAAUCUGUAGAGGAUUACCUGCGGGCCAUUCGAGAGGAAAAUGAACAGUUAGAGGAGCUGCUCGUCACGCACAAACAGAAAAUUUCUAAACUGGAGGAGAAGCAGAUGAGCAAUCGUAGCCCGAAAGCAGCCACCUUUGAUAAAAGCCCCACAGCCUGGGUUUUUGGUAAUGAUCUCGGCCUGGCAAACACCCCUCAAGACUACACGUCAGGCCUCCUGACCAGCAGCCCCUGUCAGCUGAAGACACCACACAGCGCCCUCCUGACCCUCUCACCCCAAGACUUAAACAAAACAUACGACUGCAGCAACGGCAGUGAUGUGGAGUCUGGGAUAGCGGACCUGAGCUGCCGUUCACCUUUUAGUGAGGAGAGUACCAGAGAUCAAGAUUCUGACGAUGAUGCCUAAACAAAUGUAGCAUGUCGUGGAAGUUCUACAAGCAGUAGCCACAGGACCAAUUUGUUUUGCAUUUGAUGUGGUGGAGGCUCCUUGUUGCCACAUAAACUAGUUCAACGCCAUUUGCUGUAGUUCACAUUUAACUUAGACACAAUGAAGAGUUAAAUUGCCUCUUGUCUUGGGGCAAAUUAAACCAUUGUGUAGACAGUUUCAAGUAGUCAAGUGCAUCAUCUGCCUCACGGGCCAGUUUGUCGGGCCCAUUAUCCACUCCAAAAAACAUUAUUACCCCCGAGUGAUCUACUUGAACAGUGCAAGUACUGCUCUUUGAUAACGGUCUUCCAUAGUUUGAUGUAUCAAAGAUUUAGCAGCUAAACACACACAAAAAUACACAAACUAACCAAAUAAGAUAGUCCUAGUCCGUCGCAACAAAUGGGAAGCUUGACAUCAUCAAUGGAAGAACAUAUUGAAUUAGGGAGUUUUGUCUGAACAAAUAAACAUUUGAAUAACAGUCCAAUGAGAGCAAGAUUCCCAAAUGAUGCAAGGUAUACAUACUGGUUGUCAGGUGGAAAUUUUUGUCUCAACCAGAGCACUUGGUCUUAAGAAAUUGACAUUCAAUGUGGGAGCCGGUAAAAGAAGGCACUGUCCUAAGACAAAUGAUUAUGAAUGAAUACGGCUACAGUAAGAUAAUCAUGCUGCAGCUACUGUAAACAUCAACAAAUUUCAUUUUUAUGACCUGACCACAGUGAUGAUCGAUGGAGCCGUUGGACCAUUGACAGCAUGUCCCAGAGUUAGUGGGACAGUCCCGAGGUCAUACUUGUGUCUGUAAAUUAGGUGUUUUACUGUACUGUACAAUCCUGCCAGUGAAAAAUACAGCUUGCAAAUGUAUUUUUGUACUUUAUUUUUAAUUUUGCUGUGCAUGCAUGUCAUCUAUUAUAAAAAGUGAAAAUGUAUUUGAACGAGCUGAAAUAUUUUUGAUUAUGGAUUUAUGUAUUCAUGUGGAAUGUGAGCCCAUGUUGGUUGUACUGUAUUAUUACAUUCAGAAGUUUUGUUAUUUGUUUUUUAUGUGAAAUUAAAUAAGGUAUUGCUUUUCCCUGCACUUUCCCAAUAAAGUCCCUUUUAUUAAAUUUA